GCCUCGAUACACACUUCACCAAAAACUUCCUGGAUUACUCGAACCACGAUAAGCAGCCUCGGCGCAGUACGUCACAUCACUACUGUUCCCUCCUCAGCCGAUUUCUCUAAUUGAUUUCACCUGACCUGAUGAGGAGGAAGCUGCUUGCUCAUUCAGCUGCAGGUUUCUGCUCCAACAUCUCAGAAGAAUACCUGUAGCUGCUCAGAUGACCGUCCUUCAGAUCUUGCCGUGCUCGGUCUCUCAGCUGCUGUCUGCGUCUAAAGCCAGCAGCGACACGUUUGCACUCAACGACCUGGAGUUCAACCAGGUGUCUGUCGUUGGCGUCGUCAGAGAGUUGGCUCCUUUUGUGAAAUACGUCCAAUACUGUUUGGACGACAUGACGGGUCCUCCUCUGACCGUGAUGCAGUGGGUGAACUCAGAGGACUGUACUCCCCUGGUGUUUGCUUCUCCUGGAUCUUAUGUGAAAGUUAUUGGAAGUCUGCGCAGCUCUACUGGUGAAAGGUCAUUGCAGGCCAAACACAUCCGAGUUAUCACAGACCUGAAUGAGAUCACAUCCCACAUGCUGGAGGUGGUGCACGCUCACAUGCAGAUUUUUAAAAAGAAAUUUGAUGUGAACAUGAACAUCACUGCUGUCCCUUCAGAGGAGUUGCCCUCCGUCCAGGGUCAGGUGCUGCAUGUGAUCAGGAGAGGGUCUGUGCGAGACGUCGGGAUCGGAUUCAAUGAGCUGCAGAGCAAUCUGGACUUCCUCAGCAUCAAAGACAUCAAAUCCUCUUUGACGUCUCUGAUGGAUCAAGGUUUCGUUUAUCACACCAUCGACGAGAACCAUUUCAAGUCCACAGACCCUUAGCAGGAUGAACAUCACUGUACCCACAUGUUCAGGGUCAUACAAAGCUCUGUUAAAUAUAGUUAUUUAUAACGUAUCACAGCUGUUACCCACAGACAGAAAAGGAGACUUACUGGGUUUAUAGCUGAUCAUUUUUUUCCUAGAAUGAAUGCACUGAUGUUUUCCUCAGGCUCUUUUUGUUUUAAAAUAUAUAUUAUUGUUUAAGUUAUUUAUGCGCUGGAUG